UCCUACAUGACCAACUCCCCGACGCUGAUCGUGAUGAUUGGCCUGCCCGCACGCGGCAAGACCUACGUGUCCAAGAAGCUCACCCGCUACCUCAACUGGAUUGGGGUGCCCACCAAAGUGUUUAAUUUAGGGGUGUACCGUCGGGAAGCGGUGAAGUCCUACAAGUCCUAUGACUUCUUCAGGCACGAUAACAAAGAAGCCAUGGAAAUCCGAAAACGAUGCGCCUUAGUGGCUCUUGAAGAUGUGAAGGCGUAUCUCUUGGAGGAGUGCGGGCAAAUAGCUGUGUUCGAUGCAACCAACACAACCCGAGAAAGACGGGACCUGAUCUUAAAUUUUGCUAAAGAAAAUGCUUUCAAGGUGUUCUUCGUGGAGUCCGUCUGUGACGAUCCAGAAGUCAUUGCUGCCAAUAUCCUGGAGGUGAAAGUUUCCAGCCCCGACUACCCGGAGAGAAACAGGGAGAACGUGAUGGAUGAUUUCCUGAAGAGGAUUGAGUGCUACAAGGUCACUUACCAGCCUCUUGAUCCCGACGCGUACGACAAAGAUCUUUCCUUCAUUAAAGUGAUCAAUGUGGGACAGCGGUUCCUAGUAAACAGAGUCCAAGAUUACAUCCAGAGUAAAAUCGUCUAUUACCUAAUGAACAUUCAUGUCCAGCCGCGUACCAUCUACCUUUGCCGACAUGGUGAGAGUGAAUAUAAUCUUGUUGGCAAGAUUGGUGGGGAUUCUGGUCUGUCACCGCGCGGGAAGCAGUUUGCUCAGGCGCUGAAGAAGUUCAUCGAAGAGCAGGAAAUUGUUGAUCUGAAGGUGUGGACGAGCCAGCUGAAAAGGACGAUCCAGACGGCCGAGUCCCUGGGGGUCACGUACGAACAGUGGAAGAUUCUCAAUGAGAUCGAUGCUGGGGUAUGUGAAGAAAUGACCUAUGCAGAAAUUGAAGCCAAGUACCCUGAUGAGUUUGCCUUGAGGGAUCAAGAGAAAUACCUUUAUCGCUAUCCUGGAGGAGAGUCCUACCAGGACUUGGUCCAGCGCCUGGAGCCGGUAAUUAUGGAGCUAGAACGGCAAGGCAACGUCCUUGUUAUCUCCCACCAGGCAGUUAUGAGGUGCCUGUUGGCUUAUUUUCUUGACAAGAGUGCAGAUGAGCUGCCCUACCUGCGCUGCCCCCUCCACACCAUCCUCAAGCUCACGCCUGUUGCCUACGGUUGUAAAGUGGAGACGAUUACCCUGAACGUGGAAGCAGUGAACACCCACCGUGACAAACCCUCUCUGAACUCUAAAUCUAACAACCUUCCCGCCAGCCAAACCCCUGUAAGGAUGAGAAGAAACAGCUUUACGCCGCGGGCCAGCGCGGACACGGUAAAGCGCCCACGACAUUACAGCGUUGGGAGCAAACCUCUCGACCUGCUGGGGCCUUUCCCAUCCCUGGAAGCUCGAGAAGGGGCUGACCGGCCACAGCUGGAGGUCGGUGUCCAGCCUCAAGGGGGAAAUGCUUGCCUGGAGCCAUCAGCUAGCAUCACCUGCGAGACCUUGGCUUCCCUCUCCGCCUCUGAGUAA